AGGUGGUGUAGACUGUCGACCUGAAAUCCUAUUGAUCAUUUAUCAGUUGCAUCAUAUUGCAAUAACAACCACACAAAGCUCAUGCUUUCUUUUAUGCCUGUGAUAAAUUUUACUCAAUAAUGGCAAGACAACCACUAUUUGCAAUAUAUUCUGCAUUGACCACAGUGUGAUGUUUUAUCAUAGGUGUUUUUGAUCACUGACAUGAUACAGACUUGCUGUAACAUGUGUUUAUAUUGGCAGAAAUCCACCAGGGAAAAGGCAGAAACACACUUGCCUCCACUGACCUCAAGCCUCCAGAGACCAUAAUGCAUUGCAACCAUGUGGUGUAUUUUGAUACUAGCAAAGACAGAUUUGUGGCAAAAAGUGAACGUACCAAAUAAGUAGAUUUUUACCUCAUCAUUAGCUGCCUUCUCAAAUGCAGUCAAUGUUACAAACUGACUGUGAUUCUGUAUCCCAGUCAGAGAUUUGAUUGUUCCUGUAUUGCUGCUUCUACUCUCACAACCUUGUUUUCUUCGGGCUCCUCAUGUGAAUAGAGUCGCCUAGAGGUGCUAUUGACACGUGUCCCAGUGGCAUUCAGAUGUUGUGCUCUUAUCUCUCUAGUUUCAUAUAGACACUGUCCCCGACGAAGGACGUGAGACAGCUGUUUCUAUUAAUAACCUCAACUCUUCUUACCUCCCACGUGGCCCCUGUGCUCCACCAGAGCAAACCUGGCUCCAGACAAAUGCGCGACACCCAGAGACGGACAACAACAGAGGAAAUCCACCAAGCAGCAACCACAGAGCUGCUCAACUGCAGCUCUCACCAAACAGGACCUUCAAAUAAGUAGAAACAAAAGAUAAAACCUGGAAUCAUGAAGUCACUGCGCUUCGUUGCUGCUGAGGGCUUCAUUCAGAGCGGACCAAGUGCUGUGGAGAACCUCAACUGUGUGUCUUUUAACCUCUACCCGCUUCUCUUCAAGGCCUGCUACCUCCAUGAGCAGGCUGACUUGCUGCGUGUUCUGGUCCAGGCAUGGCCUCUUCCCGUGCUUGACCUACAUUGCCUGCUGGGACAAACUGUUGACUGCCAGACGGACCUCACCUCCCAAACCUGCAGGCUUUGUUUGGAGUCGAUUCUGACUGGCCUCAAGGAUUACGUGCUGUCUCCUCCGAGGACAUACGCCAAGAGGCUGCAUUUGGUGGACCUGACUGCGCUGAAGGAUGUCGAGCACCAGCCCUGCCCCUGCCAAUCCACACUGGGUCGAUGGGCGAGGACCCACCUCCUGACCCAAAUGUGCUAUGAUACCAUGGUGGCCAUGCAGGACAGCGACGUGUCCCCGUCUGCCUUUGAAACAUCUAUCGAUGUCCGUCUGAAUGGCUUCGUCACAGGCCGCAAUUAUGAGCUGGUGGCUCAGACCUUCGUCCUCCUCCGCUACUGUCCACUGAAGCUCCGCUUUGUCAGUUUUCGGGCUGAUUCACUCUCACUCAAGCAGCUUUUCUAUGUUCUUCGCCUCGCAGACACUGAGUCCAUUUUAAAGCUGGAGAUAGUCCACAACGUUCCGCUAGAGGCGACACACUUGGAGGUGCUGCUGUCCAAGGUGGCGUUCCCCAAAUUACAGUCUUUGACGGUGCCGACCGGGGCGUUAGAUAUUAGGAGGUUGGCCUACGACGAUGACGUGAUGUCCAUCAUCGGUAACCUGCUGGCACAACAGAGCGGCCUGACGGAACUCUACGUUGGUUUCUCAACUCUAACUGGACACCUACGCAGACUGCUUAAUCCCCUCAACACUCCUUUGCAGUGCUUGGAGUUGGCGAAUUGCUGCCUGAGCCGCGUUGACAUGACCUACCUGUCGAACAGCCUCCACAGUGAGUUCCUAGUCCGCCUGGACCUCAGUGGACAUGACAUUUUCAGCUCUUUCCCUACCUGUUUCCACAAACUGCUCUGCCGCUGCUCAGCCACAUUGGUCAGCCUGGCCCUCGAGGAAUGUAACAUAGAAGACGAGCACAUGGACGCCUUCACUGAUGCUCUGACUUGCUGUCAGGGUCUGGAGGAGCUCAAACUUCUGGGGAACCCCCUAACCUCUGAGGCCCUCCAGAGGUUAUUCUCUAUGCUAUCUGUGGGUUUUCCUAAGCUUAAAUACAUAGAGAUGCCAGUUCCCCGCCAGUGUUACUCUGAGAGUGUAACUUAUCCUCUUAAUGAUUCAGAUUUACUCCUGUACAACAGGGAGUUGUUUCAGGAGGUCAGGGGUCAACUGAUGGGGAUCCUGGAAGGAGCUGGGAGAGAGAGUGUGGAGGUGUGCUCCCCACUUAUGGGGGCCUAUGACCCAGAGAUCAAUGAAACCAGCAAUGAGCUGGGGGUGUCCAUGUUGAAGUCUUUUAACAGCGUCAUAGGGAACUUCAUUGGUUGCAUAACUGAGGUGAACGACAGGAGAUCACAGGACAAUAAUUAGUGGGGUUGCAUGUGGAAGGAUUAAGUAAGCAGACCGACAGCGAUGGGUCAUGACCUCUGAUUAACACAAAUAGACAUCUGCUUAGAACAGACCUGAAACCUUAAUCAGAAUAAAAUUGUUAUUUUUGGGCUAUAAGUAAUUAGACAUUUUAACGCAGUGCUACUUCUGAUUGCUUGUAAACUGUCACCACUCCUGUGCAUGAUUGAAGGGCAAAACUCUAUAUAUAUAUAUCUAUAAGUAAGCAAGAUUUGUUUGACUGGUUUAAUAUGCACUCAUGAAUUUCAAUGUAUGAUUGUCUCAGAGAAUUGCGUUUUAUAUUCUAACAGCCUGGAAGACAAAGAUGUGCAGUGCAGCUAGAUGUAGCUACGAUAGAAGUUAUGGUAGACACCUGAAGUUUGCCUAUGAUAUUUUCUUACGACUAUUCUGGUGUAAAUGCUUUUAUAAAACUGGAUUUGUAAAGAGCACAUAUUUGCAACAUGGAAUAUAUCUGAUAAACAAG